AUGGCUUGGAACUAUCAAGGAAUUGGAUCAACCUUGACAGUUCAAAAUCUGAAGGUAAAAGGGAAGUAUGAUCCAGACUUUGUUUUUUUGUCUGAAACGAAAAAUAGGAGGGUAAAAUUGGAGAAAUUAAGGUGUAAGUUGAAGUUUGAUGGUGGUUGGUGUGUGGAUCCAUUGGGGGCUAAGUGGUGGUCUGGUACUUUGGUGGAAGGAGGAGUGGCUGGGGAUUUCAAUGAUAUAGCUGAUGAGUUUGAAAAGGAGGGAGGAAGGAACAAGGAAAGAUAUAAAAUGAAGUGUUUUAGAGAGAUGAUUGAAGUGAGUCAGCUAUAUGAUAUCAGUUUUAAGGGGCAGAGGUUUACUUGGUUCGGUUUGAGGGAUCAGGCUUGGGUUAAGGAGAGGCUUGAUAGGGCACUAGUUAAUUUGGAUUGGAUGGAGGCAUGCCCGAAUACUCAAGGUUUUAACCUUCCAGCUAUUGGUUCGGACCAUUCUCCCAUGGUGGUUUUUUCAGAUUUUAGAGAUAAGAAAGUGAAAAAGAAAUUUAAGCAACGAAAUAAAAUUCUUAUAAUAAAGAAUGGGGACUGUUGGUUUGAUGAUGAGGAGCGGAUAAUGAAUUGCUUCACCUCGUUUUAUGAGGAUCUGUUUAAAAGUGAAGGGGUAAUGUGGAAUGAUGAGCUUUUGGGUGUUAUACCUUCGGGAGUCACUUGUGAGAUGAAUAGAGCUUUAGUGGCUGAAAUUUCUGAAAAAGCGGUCACUGAAGCUGUGUUUCAAACGGGGUCCUAUAAAGCACCUGGGCCUGAUGGGUUUGGUGGUAUUUUCUAUCAUAAAUUUUGGGAUAUUAUAAAAGGGGACGUAGUGGAGAUGGUCUGGGGGUUUUUUAGGGAGGGGCUUAUGCCGAGUGGAUUAAAUGAGACUGAGAGUGCUUUUGUUGCUGGUAGGAUGAUACAUGAUACUAUUAUAGUGGCUCAGGAGGUGUUUCAUUAUUUGAAGUUGAAGAAGACAGGUAGGAAGAAUGUUAUGGCGGUUAAAUUGGAUAUAAAUAAAGCUUACGACAGGGUGGAGUGGGAUUUUUUAGAAGUUGUCCUCAAGAGAUUGGGUUUCGAUGCUAAAUGGAUAGGCUGGAUAAUGGAGUGUGUGAGAAGUGUUUCCUACACUUUACAGAUUAAUGGUAAGCCUAGUAGAAUGUUCUGUCCCUCUAGAGGUCUUAGGCAAGGAGACCGACUGCCUCCUUUUCUAUUUCUUAUUGUUGCUGAUGUUUUGUCCCGUAUGAUCUUACAAAGUGCCCAAUUGAGUCAUAUUAAGGGGGUUAAAUUGAGCCGAAACUGUCCUAUUGUGUCCCAUUUAUUUUUUACUGAUGAUUCACUAUUUUUCUUGGAAGCUAAUGUGCAAAAUUGUAGGAAUUUGAUUGAUAUUAUCCAGAUUUAUUGUCAAGCUUCCGGUCAAAGGGUGAACUAUGAAAAGUCAAGCCUAGUUCUUAGUUCAAAUACUACGGAGGACCUAAAGAAUGUUGUUCAAGCGGAGAUGAAUAUUGUUGUGGCUACUAAUCCUGGAGUGUACUUCGGAAUUCCAGCCCUUUGGGGGAAAACGAGGAGUAAGGCUUUAGAGUAUGUGAAGGAUGAGGUGGUGUUGAGGUUGAAAGUUUGGAAAAAUCAGUAUUUGUCUGCUGGGGGGAAAGAAGGGUUAAUAAAAGCUGUUGCGUGCUCUAUUCCAACUUAUGUUAUGUUUUAA